AUGGACGAUUCCAUGUUUAUGUCUUUGAGCUCGGAGUCCGUGAAGAUUUGGAGCGCUUCCACGGGCCGCUGCGUGCGGACCUUGCCGUCCGGCUACGGGCUGUGCGGAUUCUUCCUCGCGGGCAACGAACACGUGCUCAUCGGCACCAAGGACCCCGCAACCCCGAAACCGCGCGCGGAGAACGAUGUGGAACGAGUGCAGAGCGUGGGAUGUGUAUACGGAUGUGCGAACUGA